AUGCUGGCUCUGAACCUGUUCCGCUUCUUACAGCGUCCUUUGACGUUUGUCUGCGAGGACUUGCUUGCCAAGAUCUGCACGGUCAAGAUUGGAGGAUGCGUCUUGGUCCUCCUGCAUGAAGUGAUCUGGGUUCUCCCUGCCGUCAAGAGGGUGGCCCCGUGUUCUGCGUGGUGUGCCUUGGGCAACACUUUGCUCAUGGACACCAUCGUCUUGGCCUUCUUGAAAGUGCCUCGCGAGGAGCGAUGUGGCCGACAAGCCGCUUGCCGUGUGCUCCAUGCGGCGGUCAGCCUGACCAGCGAUUUUCUGCCGUUUGCAGCGGUAUUCUUCCUGUGGCUGGCAUCAUUGGGGAUGGUCAUUGCGGCUUCCCUG